AGCCUCUAGCACAUGCAGUCCAGGGAAGCAGAUGGUGAUUCCCCAAACCUGGGAGUUCAAAUCUGACUCUACUGCUCAGUGGAUGAGCCUCCACCCUUGCUGUGUAAAGUCUCCCUGUGCCUAAUGCCAAGUGAUCAGUUGCUGCUCCUCCACCAAAGGGCUUCCUUCUAACUAAACAUUUUGUCAGAAAAAACAGCUGUGUGCGUAUCACUGCCAGUUGCAGACAUGGCAGCAGCUGGGAAGGGAUACAACAGCCCCCAGCUCCUUCAUCACGAGAGAGCCCGUGUACUAUGACCUGAGACCAGGGUCACACAGCUCCCCUUGCGGUGACAAGUCUUCCCCAACACAAAGGUCUCACCUGUUCACAGCUCUGUGAACUGGGGGGUAGUGGAAUGUCCCUCAGAGUGGGGACCCUGUGUUGUUCCUUGUCAACACACAGCCUCUUACAAAGCACAAGUGGUGAUGUCACCUGCUCCUUAGUCCCAGUGUGAGUCCCUCCCAUUCCCAGAGUAUUCCACUACCCUGUAUCUUCAAGCCCAUUCUUCUUCACAAAGAGCUGCCAUGACCCUUCCAGCCUGUCCUGCCUGAUCACUAAUGUUUCAGUUCCUGGGAGCAAGAGGCCCUUCUGUGACACUGAACAACCUGCCCUGCCCUGUCACAGUGACGGUUAUUUGCACUCACGGAGGGUGAUCAGGUGCCUCUCCAUGAGGACAGGCCAGAGUACAACAGUUCAGUGAAACACUGUGGGCUGCACAAGCAGAAGCAGAGUCACUGGUUGAUGACUGGGUCUCCCAGGCUCACUCCUUGGAAGAGGUGAUUUGCUCAAAUAUGCCAGUAUGGCAUGUGCCCCUAAGCAGGAGACUGCGCACGGCAGCACAGAGACCCCGGCGUGUCCCCCACCUAGACGAGCAUACUGGCACGGUCCUUCUAUGAAAUUGCUGUUGUGAUGCCUGCUGAAACGUUUCCAUUUCCCUCCAAAGGACAGAAAACUGUUUUGUUCACUUCUCUACUCUGUUGCUGCACAUCUUCCUAGCUUAGCCUAAUUCCUGUGUCAUAUUUACUCUUGCUGGUGUGAUCGCUGGUUUACAAGACAGAUCAAAUCCAUACGUGGGGUGUCAGCCCUCCCCUGCCUCCCUCCUGGCUUUCCAGGCCCUGUUCGGUGCAGCAGGUAGAGUCCCAAGAGCGGGUAGCUGAGAUAGCAGGGGAAUCUGGCUGGUGGGGAGUUUACAACGCAGUGACAUUCCCUCCCAUUACCGAGUUCCCGCUGAGGGCGGUACUUGUUCCAUAGCACAGAUGUGAUUCCACCCAUUUGACUCUGGAGUACCUUGAAUACUCUAGUUCACACCCUUGCACCAAAGGAGGAUCUCUUCUUUCACCAAACCCCUGGUGGACCUGGGAAUGGCUCUUCUCUGGCAAUUUUUCCCCUGUGAAUCUGAUGCUACUGCUCUUGCCUCCCUCUUUGCCCAGGUUACCCUCAAACUUUUUCUCAGGUCUGAAAGUUUAAUUGAAUCUGUCACUUCCAAGCUCCUCUCAGGCCAGCCACCCUUCAUUUAGUGCCCAGAGAAAUCAUCAGCCACAGGUGUGUACUGCUCCUGCUCCCUGGGGGGGGGCUGCACCUGAGGCAGGUUAGGGUCUGUGGCCUGUGCUAUAUAGCCAGCCCCACGGCACCUGCUGGUUGCUCUGUUGGAGGCUGAGAUGAGCUCGGAACCUAGGAAGAAGCGUGAUCAUGUUUCCAUCUCUGGGGACAGAAUAUCUAAGAGGACACCUAAGAGAAAGGAAACCUUUUCAGUCUAUAUUUACAAAGUACUGAAGCAGGUGCACCCGGACCUCACCAUCUCCUCCAAGGCCAUGAGCAUCAUGAACUCCUUCAUCAACGACAUGUUCGAGCGCUUGGCCUCGGAGGCCUCGCGCCUGGCCCAGUACAGCCACCGCUCCACCAUCAGCAGCCGCGAGGUGCAGACGGCGGCCCGGCUCCUGCUGCCCGGCGAGCUGGCCAAGCACGCCGUCUCCGAGGGCACCAAGGCCGUCACCAAGUACACCAGCAGCAAGUGACCACCCGGCCCCAGUGAAACCAGCCCGGGCCCCGCUUCCUGUGGAGUCUUGCAGGAGCUGGUAUUGUCUUACUCAACUGAGAAAGCAAAGCCUCCUGUUGGCUGCCUGCAAAUAAAAAAAGCAUAGAAAUACA